UAAAAAUAGAAUCAAACACAUGUGAAAAAUAUUAACCAACAACAAGAAAUUUAGAGAAAAAAAAAAGAAAAUCAUUUUGUUUGUUUUUCUUUCUCAUUUUACAUAAAAUUUUUGGAAAUAUGAUUAGGAAAAAAGAAUCAAAUGUUAAAGAUCUAUCACAUUUAACAAAUUUUGUAACACCAUUAGUUGGACAUUAUUUAAAUUUACCAGAUAGUCCAGCUAUUGUUCAAUGUCCAAGUUGUGGUGUUACAGCAGAAACAAUUUAUGAAAUGGUAUUUACACCAUCAGCUGAACGUAUCAAUACAAUAUUUACAUUCUUUUAUAUGUUAUUCUGUUGUUGCCUUUGUUGCAGAUAUUGUUUUAUCUCGAAAAAACAGGACGGAAAUCAUUAUUGUUCGAAUUGUGGAUGUUUCUUUGGAAGAUAUUUACCAAAAAAGAAACGUAUUGAAAUAAAAAAAUAAUUUGUCAAAAGAAUUUUAUUUGAAAAUUUAAUAAAAAAAAACC